AUGGUGGAUGUUGAAGAACAUUUACUGAAUAAAUAUAAAAUAACAGCGCAUCGAAAUAUUCAGUGGCUUGCUGAUACAAUAUCAUUGCGUACUUUUAAUGGAACGAAUAAUGAUGAAGAAAUUUAUUGCCGAUACAUCUGUGAUCGGUCUAAUUUAAAAUCAAACGGUUGUUGCGAAACUGGAAGAUACUCGGUGAGAUUCAGUUGUUCAGGUUGUAAUCAGCUUGUUGGAUGUUGUGCACAUUAUGAACAAUGUGUUGCUUGCUGUUUAAGACCCGAUCAGAAAAAGACGUUGUUAGAAGUGUUACGAUUAACCUCAGGACACCGCUUACGUCAGAUAUUGGCUUCAAAGGAUCAGUUUGAUCUAUGUGUUUCGAAAUGCCGCACUUCAUCUGAUAGCGUACGUCUGGAGAAUCGCUAUAAAGACGAGGGCCUUAAAUAUUGUUAUAAACGAGAACCAUCACAUGCUUAUCCUUAUUAA